AUGUCUGAGCAGCAGUUCAAGUGCUUUGCUGACGAGAGCGUGUUUGCGCUGCACUCGCUGCUGCUCACGCCAAUCGACACUGUUCCGCUGCACUUUCGCCAUGACGCGGGCUUCCGCUUGCCGACCGACCGGUGCGCCUGCCAGGGCUACGAAGUCCUGCUCAAGGACGGCGGCAUUGUCGGCGUCAAGCUUGCAUUCAGCGCAAAGGAGCCGCUGGACAAUGUGUGGUUUAUCCCGCGGACUGCCACCAGUAAAACACACCUCGCCAAGGGUGACAUGGACAUGCACGCCAUCCACCUGGGAAACUUCAGGCCAAGCGAAAAGAACGACGGACUGUUUGAAACCAUGUUCAAAUGGAAGUUCCCAAUCGUCGCAGAUCGCAGCCUGCAUGACAUCAAGACGUCCGCGCGAGCGAGUCGAUCGCCCCAGGCGCACGCCUCGCUGACCUCGCAGGGGCUUGACAAGUUGGCAAGCAACUCGCUCACACCGCCGUCCGGACUGUCGGCCUCUUCCCAGCACAGCAAAAGCAGUAGCUCAUCGUCACAUCUUCCUCUGACGGUUGGCUCAUCCGAAUUAUCGCCACGGCGCACGUCAGUCACAGAACACAGCUUUACCUUCAACUCGCUCGCCGAUGUGAAACCGUCGCUCAGCACAUCGAAUGACUUGUCGCCGAAUUUCAACGAGCAGCACGUGCCGCUGGUUCGAAUGCACGAUACAGCCCAGGACCAGCAAUGCCACCUCAGCAACGCCGUCAUGGGCCUGGUGUUUGAAGCUCCGGGAUCGGACAUUGCUGACGACGAUAGUGAAGAACCAACGAGCCCGAACAGCGACUCCGCCCCGCCCAAGCCCAGGGUGAGCGUGUUUGGUGCCGUCAAGCAUCGUUUAUCGACGAUCGGCCAUCAUCUGGGGCACUCGUCCAAGUCCUCGCGAGCCUCGACUGCAUCGUCCACAUCGUCGCGCAAGCUGUCCAACAUGGAGUCCAACGAUGUGAUGCCCAGCCCCCUGCCCGACUCCUCCUCCUCCGAGCUUGGCGAUGAAGAGAGCAUCACCGAGCUUGAGGUUGACGACGGCGGCGAGCUCGUUGCCGUGCACGCCUCAUCACCGCUGCUGCUCUCCAAGAAGAAUUUCAAAGCGUAUCGUCUCGAUGGACGUCUGACCGUUUCACAGCAGUUCUAUCUUGUCGAAGGAGGCGGUCGUGUGCUGGCCCGCCUGCGUCUGCGAUUUAUUGCCACAUGUGCACCAAUCCCACCCCUCUGUUCGUACUGCCGCGCAAGGUGUGGCAAGUUGCGGCCGUCGUCCAACGAGCAGUCACGCCUCGCGCCCAAACCUCUGCAAACGGCAGACGUACUUUUCGUGCGCUCUCACAUCUGGAAGCAAUCCCUCUUUUACGGCUUGAUGAAGCGAGAUGACCUGCAAGUCAUCCCCUAUAUCAAGUUGAUUGAAUUGCAGGAGCGCAUGUUUGAGCAUCCAACAGCCCCUCGUGCCCUUGAUACCACCACCGACAACGACGAAGAGCUUGAUCAAGGCGAGCAUCGGGACUAUCCGACCGACCUGCCUGCACAUCAGCGAGCCGGCAAGUUUGUGAAUUACGCCGACUUUGAAACGCAAGUUGCCAAGGCGCUCAAGCUCGAGCAAGCAGACUCGACCAGUUUCUUGGAAGCGCGAGAUGGCAUCAAGCUGGCGUACCGGCUUUUCAAACCUUCGUCUGAACCGAUCGCAAACGUGUUAUUCAUCGCCACAUUCGGCUUUGGCAGUGCCUGGUGCUUGGAUCUCGCUUCUCGACUCUCCAAAGGCAGUCCCUUCAACGUCUUUGUGCUUUACGAGCGAGGUCAUGGUCCUGCGAGUCUCGACUCUAGCGGAGACGCUCCCUCGAAAGAAGCGCUUUGGCGUGACAUUCGAAGCAUGGUUCGGCAUCUUCGCUGGAAUUACCCUGCGCUUCCGCUGGUUGUCGGAGGGCACAGCAACGGCGGUGCCAAGCUUCUCAAUUACCUUCACUGGAAAUCAAGCGAGCCGGCGGACGCAGUCUUCUUGAUCAAUCCCUUCCUGCGCGAGUUGAUGCGCAAACACAAGCGCAACAUGACCAGGAAGGACCACUUUCAACUGACGCUGAACGCAAUGACAGGCGGUCGGCUGGCUGGACACUGGACUGCGCUGAAUCUCUCCAACUUUAUAGCCCAGAACGACGUGGGAGGUCUCAAUAUUCCCGCGCACAUUUCAGUCAACAUGAUGACCGCAGUUAUGGUCAAUGAUACAAAGGCCGUGUUUGAAUCCAUCUCUGUUCCGUUUGCGCUGUGGGCGGGCUCCGAGGACGAAAUCUUCCCUGCGCAAGAGGUUCUUGCUUGUGCCGACUACUGUCCAUCGAAGAAUAAGGUUGUCGAACAGAUUGAAGGAGGAAGUCACGUCGGAACUGUGGAGAUGAUGGACGAUCAUCUUGCGCCUUGGAUCAAGCGCAUCCUACCCCCGCUUCGGGAGCGACUGGAUGCCGAACUCGCCAAGCAGGCUGCCAUUCUCGCAGCCCGACGCUCGCAUCCAAGCGUUUCUGCCUCGUCGACAGGUGUUUCGCCCAGCUCGAGUGCAGGCACCCUGACGGCCGAGCGAAGUGCUGCGCCCCCGUCUGAGCCCACCGCCGUUUCCAUUGCACCUCCGAAGACUGUUGAAGUGUAG